AUGGCCCUCAAGCCGGUUGAAUGGGUAGCAGGUACCGCUUCGACUCUCACCAGGCUCUUCGCCUUCUGCUUCUUGAGAUGGAUCCCCGGGCAUCACUUCCCGCCGAUGAUAUUCACGAGUCUAAUCGUAUACCUCGCAACUGUCUUUACGCAGUCGGAUGCCUUGGGGCAUAGGCCCCUCACACUCAAAGAAGCCUUCCCGCAGUUGCUUGGUCACGACGAACGAGACGAAGCUGAACAGGAGGAAGAUGAUGGCCACGAACCAGUUCUCUACAAAGACGAGAAGAAUGUUCUUAAGACGUUGCUCUUCGGUGUGCCCAACUGGCGCGAGCCAGAGCUCAGCUAUCUCACCAUUGCAGUCAAUAUUCUCAUGGCAUUCCUAACGGCAGACUUGAUCUUCCGGGGACCGCUACUGCAUCCUGCCAAAGAUUUACGUUUCUCGCGCGUUGGCUUUGUCGGUGAGACUUCAGCGAAGGUCCUGUUUCGCGAGCCGAAUGCAGAUCAGCUUCCACUCUAUGCAUACCUUAAAGCAGCGCAUGAGCCUCGCUGGACAAGCGUAGAGAAGGUGUACUUUCUCUCUGACGACACCGACUACACUCAUCCGUUGACAUUUGAUGGUCUCGUACCUGACACGACCUACACCUACUCGCUGUCCAAUGAUCUCUCGGGUACCUUCACCACCGCUCCAGCGCCCUACUCACCUCACGCUGGCAGCAUUACCUUCCUCACCAGUUCCUGCAUCAAGGCCAACUUUCCCUAUCGGCUCUUCUCGAACUCUUUAGCCCUCCAUGGCUUCGAUCAUCUUCCCAAGGUUCUACGCUCGCUCCCCUCACCGGCAUCUUUCAUGCUUUUCCUGGGAGACUUCAUUUAUGUCGACGUACCCAUGCGGCUGUCUUCGUCGCUCCGCCAUUACCGGUCGGAGUAUCGGCGAGUAUACGCGUCACCUUCCUGGUCAUUGCCCGGGAUCUCGUCCCUCCCUUGGCUACACACCCUCGAUGACCAUGAGAUCGCCAACGACUGGUCCGCCGGUAACGAUACGGACCCAUUUCCAGCAGCCUCUGACCCAUUCAUACACUACCAUGUCUCAGUCAAUCCUCCCAUCCCAGCCUCACUGCCAGACCACUCCAACACGACAUACUUCCAGUUCACCAACGGUCCCGCUUCAUUCUUCAUGCUUGACACCCGCCGCUACCGCACCGAUCCGGAACCUGCCGACUCCGUCCUCUCCAUCACCAAGCCUCUCUAUGGCUCCUCCUCAAGCCCUGCAAACCCUCCCACUAACCCUACCAACCACACCAUGCUCGGUGCUCAACAACUCUCCGCGCUUCUUUCCUUCCUCGCCGCUCCGCCGGCUCCCAACGUGCAUUUCAUGAUCGUCGCAUCAUCCGUGCCCUUCACCAAAAACUGGCGCUUCGGUACCUCCGACACCUGGGGUGGCUACCCAUCCGAGCGUGCCGUUGUGCUGAACGCCAUGCACCGCGCGGAAGCCGAGCUAGGCGUACGCAUUGUCGUACUGAGCGGCGACCGGCAUGAGUUUGCCGCCAUCCGCUUCCCGCCACCGAUCCUGAACCUCAACACCACGGUCGCUCACGGCACGUCGUCGGCGAAGAAAAAGGACAGCGGUGUUGUGUACGACCGCACUCCGGCGUCGGGGCCUCACGAGUUCUCCGUGGGGCCGCUGAGCAUGUUCUACCUCCCAUUCCGCACCUUCAAACAGGUUGACGGCGAGGAUGUGAAUAUCAAGUAUUUGCCCGACGGCAACAGCAAGGUCGGGGCCGUGGAGAUCAGGAAUUUGGGCGGCGAGGGCCAAGGUGAUCAGCGCAGCAUGUUGCGGUACACGCUUUGGGUGGAUGGAGAGGUUAAGUGGGAGUACGUGCUAACGAGUCCCGCGCCGGGCUUUAAGGGACGGUCUUUGAGGGGCAGGAUCGGUGCUGGGCUCUGGAGCUGA